AUCGCUUGCGGAAGAGGGGGCGAACACGCAAGGACCUGUCGUUUUGGCACGCAUCGAAGCGUGGUUAAUUACAAAAAAAUCAUCUCUAUUUCUAUUUCUGAUUUUCUUAUUCUGAUUUUAAGUUUUUUCUUUAACUUACCAUUUGAUUCAAGUUUUUUAAGGCCAAAUAAAAUAAUCUAAUCCGUUGAAAUUAGGGUUUUCGGUGUUUUAUCGGAAAAUCGAUGAAUAUCAGUGUAUUGUGGUUUAACCUAACUAACGAUUUAUCCUCGUUGAAUCAAUUUUUGUUGGCUUCAAUCCGUAGAAAUCAGAAUGUCAGAUGAAAAUAUAGAGGAUUCUGGUGAACCGUAUGUGAUAGUGAAGUUUCUGGAUGAGUUUAAUGAAAAUGGAGAGAUGCUAAUAGAAUUAGUGCCAUCAUCAUGGACUUUUUUGGCCCCCGAUGAUCAAUGGAAAUGCAAAUGGCCACAAAAGGAGGCAAAAUCUAUGGAUACAAUGAUAAAGGCCUUGCAUCUUCCUGCUGAUGAUUGGCCAUCUUUUGCCAUUGAAAAAAUAACUCACGCAG